AGACGAGACGAGACGAUGCUGGCGGCAACGCUGCUCCUGCUUCUGGCCGCCGGCUCUGCAGUGCAGGCCGAGCCGCUCAAGUUCGUGGACUGCGGUUCCAAAGAUGGAAGCAUUGUGGAGGUCAAUGUGAGUCCUUGCCCUGAACAACCUUGUGUUCUCCACAAAGGAGACGCUUACAGUGUCAAUGUCACGUUUUCUAGCAAGAUUGCGAGCAACGGCAGCCAAGCUAAAGUAUAUGGAGAAAUGCUUCACAUGGACAUCCCCUUCCCACUUGAUCAGCCUGAUGGGUGCAAGAGUGGAAUCAUUUGCCCUAUCCAGAAGGACCACUCCUACAACUACCUGAACAAACUACCAGUAAAGAGCGAGUAUCCAUCUAUAAAACUUGUUGUGAAGUGGGAGCUGGUUGAUGACGAUGGACAGCUGAUGUUCUGUUGGAAGAUUCCAGUCCAGAUCUCCAGCUAAGGAAACCCAGCUUAGCUCCUUAGGGCUUCAUGGGGGAGGGAAAAGAGAGAAUUGGGUAUAGAGAGGAAACAAAUGCUUUGCUAUACAAGGCAUUUCUUCUUUCAGUUCCUGUAGCAUCUGUGCAACAAUUGCUCCUCUUCCCCCAGAGCCAAUUUCUGGAUGCAGCAGGAGGUCAGUGGUCAGAAUGAAUCUAUCCAAGAGAGACUGGGGCUUAAGAGAAGUUUUGCUGUAGCUCAUGGCAAAGGUUCUUGUAACUGGUGGUGGAUCCUAACUGCUUGAAAUAGAAUGUGCAUCAUGAGAAAGACUUUCUGAAACAAAAGCAGGUCAGCAAACAUCAAGAUUAUUGCUGUUUGCCAAUACUUCAGUGCCUCUCCUGGUCAGAAGCUGGCUGCAGGCUUCCAUGUGCUUCCCACAAGUUCCCUGCCCCUUUACAGAAACUUUCCUUGGAUCUGCAUUUAUCAUCUGGAGCCAGAAGAUUGAGCAGCCACCUUCUGUGGCUACUUGCUGCAGAAAAGGAAAACUUUCAAUAGAUGCCAAACCAAAUGGCAUUUGGUCUCUGUGUAGAGAUCAUUUGUAUUAACCAUUUUGCACUAUCUUGUAACUCGCCUAGAGUUGCUGGAGGAGAUGCUCUCCAAACCCAGCCUCUUUUUAUAACUUUCUUUUAAUAAACACUUAUAAUGGAAA